AUGAAUAACACUGACUUAGAAACACUCAAAAAGGGACUUGGUGCCCUCAAAAAGAGUGUCAUGCAAUGCAAGGCUGAGCUUGAGGCUCACAUUUCUUGUGGUCAGUCCAUCUCUGAAGAAGACAAGAACUGGCUUGAUGGCCCAGCCAACCUCAUUGACAAGCAAUGUGACAUUGAGGCCCUCAUAUCCUACUACAACCAGGGGCUCCAGGGACUUGAUAAAGACAGCCAAUUACUGGUUGAAAAACUGAGAGAAUUGAGAGGAGGUGAGAGUAAGAUAGUGAGGAAGAAAAAGUCAUCAAAAUUGAAGUGCUCACCCAGGAGCAACAGUAACCCCACAAAGCCUGCACCUGUUUCCCAGUUCAACACUGGAAAAAAGCAGAGGGCCACACUUGCCAUCCGGAUCGAGCCAAAUGACCAGGGCAUCAUCAGAUGCUUCAAGGCCCACUACUGGGCUGCCUACAUUAGUGAGCAACUACCCAAUAUAACCAGGGCAUCACCCCAAGCAGCAUCUAUGAAAUUAAUCAGCUCCAGCUCCAAGCUAUGCGGCUGGUUGAUGCUGCUUGGUGGAAGGUUGACACCUCCACACUCAGUAACUGUUAGAAGAAGGCUAGAAUUUUACCCAACUUUACUAGCUCUGCCCUCCCAGCCCUCUAUUCUGGUUUUUUCCCUUCUUUAUAGAGAUACUGACUCUCUUGUGCAUGCCAAGAAAGCAGUUGAAGAAGCUCUUGAUGCUCUUCAGGCAACAGGAGCUCUCCAAAAAGUGAACCGGAUGUACUUGAGGGAGAUUUGGAACCCAGAGGAGGAGCAUUGGACUGCCUUAAGUAUGUCAGAUGUGGAGAUUGUCGAAACAGUUAUGGCAGAGAGUAGAAGUGAGGACACAAAUGCGGGAGCAGGGGGAUCCUGGGACAAUAAGGAAGAUGCCCUGUUGAGUCUCCUCCCAUGCGCAAAGAGGUCCUGGAGGCCACUGCUGUGA